AUGGCGGAGGCAACCUCCCUACGGAAGAAACACGAAGACCAGGGAUAUAUACUCCAAAAGGAACCAGAACUCACCAAAGCAAUCGUCGCCGCACUACGACAAAGGAAAGGUCAUACAGCCUUCCAGUGGGUCAAGGGACACCAAGGACACCCUCUGAACGAACUUGCGGACGAACUCGCAGGGAAGGCAGCAAAAAAGCGCAGGGGAAACUGCGUCGAACUGACCAUCCCCGCAAACCUGAACGUCACGGGUGCCCGCCUCACCUCAAUGACACAAAAGUUAGCCUACAAAGCGGUCAGACAGAUGAAAAGCCGCGAGACGCACCCGCGUCCCCGUACCGUCAAGAUCACGACCUCGGAGUCGACCUCCACGAACAAACACUGGUCGUCCCUCCGCAAAAAAGACCUGAUAACAAAAGAAACACGUCAGUGGAUGUGGACGACACUGCACGAUGCCUAUUGGAUCGGAAACAGAUGGCUGGAGGCCUCAAUGCCCGCUGACCUGCAGGAGCGCGCAGUCUGCAAACACUGCAACGCAACCGAGGACAUGACCCACAUUCUCUUCGCAUGUGACGAACCGGGACGCGAGAUUGUCUGGAAACUACUCACCGAACACUGGCAAACGACAGGAGGACCCCCGAUAAUCCCGACCUGGGGCUCCGUCCUGGGAGCAGCAUGCGUCCCCUUCCCAAACGACAAAGGAGCGAGAAGAGUGACAAUGGAGAGACGAUGGACGAUCUUAGCCACCGAGUCAGCGCAUCUCAUAUGGAAACUCAGGUGUGAACGGGUCAUUGGCAGGGAGAACGAACCUUUCAAUGAGAACGAAGUAAGAAAUAGAUGGUACGCGACUUUGGAACGUCGUCUAGACUUGGAGAGGCGUUAUGCGGCGCUUACGGAAGGAAGACAGCGCGCAAAGCGUCUCAAGACAGUAGACGCCAUUUGGACGCCGCUGAUACAAUAUAACGAAGACCUCCCGCCCAAUUGGGUCGAAAAAUGCGGGGUUUUAGUGGGUAUUUGUAAGACGCCCUGCAGAAGAUCAGGGCAAGGCUGA